AUGGGUAACGCUUCGACAACCAACUCAACGGCGAACAUCGUCAUUGGCAUCAAAAGAUCACAGGAAAAUCAGAACAACAAACUUUACCAUCUGGUAGAUUACCAAGGCGAGGGAGAACUUGUACAAUGGAUGAAGUAUUCUUUAUCGAUCGGUGACUUCAACAUUCUGGAUGGCAUAAUCGAACUGAAAGUAACUCCGUUCCUGUUUGCUGGAGGAAAAGGCAAACUGGUUCCCAUCUCCGAGCUUGUCAAAUUGCGCAAUGACGAAAGAAACGCCAUGCUUAGUACUCUGCGGCGCAAGAAGGGCAAGGGAAAGAGCGGCCCGAAUAUUUUGGAGAGCAUCAACCAGGAAAACAUGCAGGGUGACAUGAUGAAAGCACUGCAGAUGCUGGAUGGAGGUGGUAAGGAAGGUGCAGGUGCCAAAUACCGAGAACUUUGCUGGAGUAUGUCACAAAGAGGUGUCAUGGGAGAAACGUUGGUACACAUCUGCCUCCUGAACGGAACUUAUCUGAACAACGAGGUGGCAAAACAUCUGAUCAAGACCUUCCCGAAAUUGGUUAAUGACAUCUAUUUGUCAGAAGAAUAUUAUGGACAGUCGGCUCUGCACCAAGCGAUCAUCAAUGAAGACUUGGCAAUGGUUCGCUUCCUACUCAGAAACGGGGCAGAUGUUCACCAGCGUUGCUACGGAGCGUUUUUUUGUCCAGAUGAUCAGAAAGAAACGAGAUGUGAUUCGUUAGAACAUGAAUGGGUGGAUGUCGACAAGGAAACUAACUACGCAGGCAGAACUUAUUGGGGAGAGUAUCCUUUGUCGUUUGCAGCAUGUACCAGACAGCCAGAAUGUUUUCGACUGCUGAUUGCUAACAAGGCAGAUCCAAACAUGCGAGACACCAACGGCAACACCGUUCUUCAUCUGAUGGUCAUUCACGAACUACCGGAAAUGUUCGAUUUGGCAUACCGUCUAGGAGCGAAAUUGCACAUCCAGAAUAACCAAAACCUCAUUCCUCUGACAUUAGCAGCAAAACUAGCGAAGAAAAAGAUGUUCGAUCACGUGCUCAACUACGAAAAACAAUAUCUUUGGACGUACGGAAGCCUUAUGUGCAUCGCAUAUCCACUGAGCAGCAUCGAUACAAUCGAGGAAGAGACGGGGAAGCUGAAGGAAAUAUCAGCAUUAUCGCUUAUCACCUUUGCAGAGUCCAGUUGUCAUCUUAUGCUCUUUGAAGGUCUUGUCGAAAAUUUGUUGGAGGCUAAAUGGAAAACAUUUGCUAAACGAAAGUCAGUGAAGCAUCUCGGACCAUUUAUCCACAUGUUUUACAAGAUGAUAGCCGGCGACGUUUUUCGUUUUCUACUCAUUUAUAUGAUAUUUCUGUUUGGCUUCUCACAAGCUUUCUUCAUCAUUUUCCUCGGUUGCCACAGAGAAAUGAACACGGCAAAUUACUCGACUGAUCGUUUACCUUUGCCGGAAAAUUUGGCUGAACCUUUGGAAUCGAUGGCCAGGGUGUUUUUGAUGAGUGUCGGCGAGUUCUCAGCCAUUUAUAAAGUUCUCGAUACUUGUCGAUUGGCAGUUUUAGGAAAGGUGAGAGUUUGA